AGAACCAUUUCUGAACCUUCCACCAUGUGGAAAGCUACUAUACUGACCAUCUGUCUCUUGGUUGCACUGGUAGACAGAGCACGGCCCAAUGAAGUAGAUCAAUCUUUCUAUGGGGUGAAGCUGUGUGGGAGAGAGUUCAUACGGGCCGUCAUCUUCACAUGUGGAGGUUCUCGCUGGAGGAGAAGUGUUGGAGAGUCAGCAACCGCGGAGGAGAGAUCUGACCCCUGGAGUUCAGAUUCAACCGCUCAACUGACCAGCGAGAGGGAUACUGCACAGUCACAAGUGUGGAAAGAACAAACACUCAAUGCUGGGUUUUCUCGCUCGGCCCGCUCUCCGGUCUUAGAGGAAGUUUUGGAAGCUCUCCGAAGUGCCGACAGGAAAGGUCGUGAUGUGGUGGUGGGCCUGUCCAACGCCUGUUGCAAGUGGGGCUGCAGCAAGAGUGAAAUCAGCUCCCUGUGCUAAACAUCAGAUGAGAAAAACUUGAACACUUGUCUGCAAAAGUAUCUUCAGUUAUAUGAUUUUGGUGUUCACUAAAAUGUG